AUGGACUCUGCCGGUGCUGAGCCCCUGUCUGGGCUCCGCUCACUGGUUGCCAAGGUCCUGGGCGCCACCGACUCCACCGCCAAAGAGUCAGAAGUGGCUCCCACAGCAGGAAAAAAGGAAGCUUCGGAAGAAGAACCAUGUAAAGGACAAAAAUGGUUGAGUCACUUUGCAGCCGUCGCUCCCGAACACAUCAAGCGGUGGACAAACCCAGCCGACGGAACCGGGAAUAUUCCGUACGAGCAGCUCGUCGAAAACCUCCAGAAAUUCAACAUCCCAGCGAGACACGCCUCCGAAUACACCCUCGCCCAGAUAUUAGGCGUCGAACCAGUUCCCCAGGAGCCCACUCAUGACGAAGUCAUCAGCAUUCCCCCGCAAGCGCCCACACGGACUGUCACGGCUCGCCCCCACAAACUCGGCCCCCAAGCCGCUGCUUAUCUCGGCAGAAAACAAGAUCCCGAAUUCACCCAAGUAAUUCCGGUGCGUGAGGUAACUAAGGCCUUUGUGGGACCCGUGCGGGAAAGAGUCGGAGCCUUAAGUGGGGAAGCCGGCAAGAUGCUGAAGAGACCGGCGGAAACUUCAGAAGUGCCCCCCGAUUACGUCGAAGUUGUUGGCAGUAAACAGGUUCGUGCUAUCGGCUGCGCUGUGAACGUUAUAAGUCGCCAGAGCAGCAGCUCUUCAGCCGUUGAACGCGCAGCUGGCCGCCUAAGAUCUGAAUUCACUUCUGGGAGGCCAUCUCCAAUAUAUCUGGAGCCUGUCAUAAACCCUAACGCAGGCAGAUGUGGGACUUCUAGGGGAGAUUCCACUGAGGUUGGAUGCGCAGCAACUGCAAAGUUCAUCGCAAACAUCCCCAAACGACCACCUGGCAAGGUAGAUGUCAACUCGAUUCAUACAAAAGAAGAUAAAGAUGUGUACGAUGCUCUGCACAAGCCAGUUGUAUACACCAUGGGUACCUAUGUGUGGUCAAAGGAAGAGGCUGAAAAAGGCACCGCCCAUCCAACCGACCUUCCUCCAGUAGACGCUUGCUUCAGCAGACUUUGUCAGGAAAUGUUUUAUCCAAAAGGGAAAAAUUCAGGCGAAAGUGUGCCGGCUGUGAAGACGAAGCCAACGAAAGAGGGCAGGCCAGCUGAACAAGCCACCAUUUUUCUCCCGGAAAUAUUGGAAAUGUGCAAGAAAUCGAGGAAGGAGCUUGCAUCUGUUCCUCAGAGCCUUGUUGAGACUCGCGACGAUGCAUCGGUAGGCGGCAAAGGGCUCUUCGCCACUACUCAGGUCAAAAAGGGUGAGGUUGUAUUUGUCGAAAUGCCUUUGCUAACUUGUGAUAUUGAGUCUGAGUCGAUGUGGACGACAUUUAUGAACCUCACUAGCGAACAAAAGGCCGCAUUGGACUCUCUUCAGGGGUUCCAUUCGGACCUUUCGGAAGAUGAGUCUCUAUGGUGCAUUCUCGUGGCAAGGGCCAAUAAACGCAUUGACCUAGCGAAGCCUUUCAAGUCGUUCCUUGCGAAGAUGAAGCGAAAUGCUCAUGGGUUGCCUUCCAGUGGCAGCUGGGGCCUCUAUCCAAAAGCCGCCAUGGUGAAUCACUCGUGCGAGCCCAAUGUCACCUACCGAAACCUGGAUGGGCUCUUGGUUUAUUUUGCCACCCGUGAUAUUUCACUUGGAGAGGUAAUCUCGAUGACAUACAUCGACCAGCUCUACGCCUCAGCUUCCUUCCGCAGCAAAAGGCUCCUGCAGACUAAAUGCUUCACAUGUAAAUGCACCCGCUGUGGCUCUAUGAACGAGAAGGAAAGGCGGAUUCUUUGCCCUUCCUGCCGCCCUGUCAAGCUUAAGAUUGUCGACCCCCAGUCAGAAGCCCUUGCUGCUUCCCCAUCAAAUAGCUUGCGUAGAGGGGGCAGCGAGAAACCUGAGGGUGCUAAUGGUGAACUGGAGGGUGCGAAAGGCGCUCCUUCAGGGCUGGCCAACAUAGACGUCGAAAACACUUCUGCUCAGGCUUUCGCCGAUGAUGGCAGCAAGAUCACCCUGCAAUCAAGCGAUGACGAGGCGGAGCGCUUUGCAGCAUGCAGGGACUCAACACCGGAGGACGAGGAGGCCGACAUAUCGGAUGGUGGGCAGCUGCUGUCGGAAUCUAGGGACGAAGAGCAAAGCGACUUCGGUGAAGGCUCCUUGGAUAGCGAUGAACGCACCAGAGGAUCCAAUGAACUCUCCGACAGCGCUUCUAAUAGCGACCGCUCACCUGGGGAACUUUCCGACUACGAAUCAAAGACGAGUCAAAAAUUGAUUGGUGAGGGCAAGAUGAAGAGUGCCUCUGGAUCACUGAAGCUGUCUAUUUACGCUAUGAAUUCAAUGGGAAGCAGAAGCACUGACAUGGGCCUGGGAGAUUCACAAAGUGAAGAGCAGACGUCUCGCUCCAUCAGCAACGCCUGCUCCGGCUCUUCUGAUGUCAUGGAUGGAUCCCUACAGCUGGACGUACCUCCUCCAAUGUACUGCCAGAGGAACAGCAGUGGCAUUUGGGUAUGCGGAAGCUGCAAAAGCCGCUUCACAGACGACGACAUGCCGAUUGGCAUGGAAGACUACUUCGAGAGGCUCUACUUAGAGUUGCAGAGUAAAUUCAACUUUCCCACAACGCCACAGUGGACAGUUGAUGUGGGCUCUUUAAUCAAGAGCAUUGAGGCUGUCUUGGGGACGCACCAUUGGCUGUACGCGGCUUGCAAUCUGCUGCUUGCUCAACUAUAUCUUGGACAGUGGGUAGGAGGCACUGUCAAGGACUCCAUUUUUGACAGAUCGCUCAAGCAUGCAGAAGUCUUUAUUAAAUUCGUGGAAUCAACCACAAGGGAGGCGCUUCACGUUGAUUGUGCCCCUUUAUUGGCCUCUCUGAUGAGGGUCCUUCUGUUCAACGGUCGGUGGUCCACAUUCGAGGAAUGGGUUAAUAAGGGGAGACUUGAAAUAGUAAAGGAUUGCCUGGGCUCAUGGGAUGAGGCCUCCGUAGCUUUUUCUCAGGCUCAUGUGUACUUGCAGCGGUGCCACGAAAAAGGUGAUCUACCCCAACUUUCUAUUUUGCACCGAUAUGCUCACACUGCUCAGUAUACCAUUACCCAAGCUGCAGAACAACUUGAGAAAAAAGAAUCAGAACGAAAGACGGCACUGGAAGAGGCAACUCGGGAACAAGAGAAGAGACGCCAGGCAGAGGAAGAACGCCUCAAAGCGUUGAAGGAGAGGAACAAGACACUAAAGGAGCGUGUUGAGUAUAUGAAGGCACAAGCCGCUGCUCGGGCCAAAAAGAUAGAAGAUGUGACUAGCUCUCAUAAGGAUGGAGUUCUUGCCAAGUUCAUGCUAGCCGGUGUAGAUAGAUGCAUUAUAAACGAUGCGUCAGUGGCUGUCCAGCGGGCCCACCAAUACGCAAAGGAGAUGCAAGAAGCGGCCGUACAGGGUCGUCAGCUUUAUCCAGGGAGCAUGGCUGCUGAAAUGGCAUAUAUGCCUCCACAAGGAGUGAUGCCGUCUUCCUAUUUGCCGCUUAUUAUGCUGGAUGAUCCCCUCAGAGCUAUUCCGGAGAAGAGCAGGCAGGCGCGUCAAAGGCGAGCAGCGGCCGCACGCGAGAAAGCAAUAAUGAAUGAACGCUACGCGAAGCAGGACUUAGACUUUGAAGAAGAUGAAUCCGUGUGUGAAGAGGUGACAGAGAAUGUUGAGAGCGGUAACGACGUCAAUGAGCGGACUAUGAUAUACCGAAUUCCGGGACUGUCAGGCACUGCUCCCGGAGAGUUCGUAAACGUUUCUCAAUUGCUGCAUGAUGAAAAGGGAAAUCAUGCGCCACUUCCCCUCUUCAAGUCAUUCUUUUACAUUGACUCGGCUGAGCGCAGGCGCUCGUUGAAGCCUGAAGACCAGAGCAGCUUGAUUGUUCUGGGGCAGUCUGGCUCCCCUCCAACGCUGUCAGACGAAAAGCUUGAAGACAUUGAGGCGGCGAAGUACAACUACCUCCAUGAAGAGCGACGAAAAUUCGAGAAUGAUGUUAGGUCUGGUGUUCUUCUGGCAGCAGCUGAAGCGGGUGCGCUUAAAGAUGACAGCAAGCUGGUGGAUGUGGUGGACGCAACAAACAAAGUCAUUCAAAAAAUGGUACUUCAAGAAGCAAAGGCUGAACGGGCUCUUGAAGAGGCUCGGUAUGCACUGAAGGGCAUGGAACCCCCCAAGCGGCCUUCUAUCGGAACAGUCACUGUGGUUAAACCAACACAAGAUGCCAUUUUGGAUGCCAAGCCGCAGGCGCACACCACAGUAGGCGUGAGCCAAGAAACAAUUCCUGAGGAACCGAAGCCCGCACCCGUAAACACAACAACAAUGCCUGCUGUAUGGGAAUACGUUCCUUCUCAUGACCCGGAGAAAGGUCCUACUGUGUUCCUAUAUCCUCCAAAGGGCCCACAGGCUCCAAGUGCCCCGGAAGUUCAUUGCAUCGCCAACUCACGCAACGAGGAGUCCAAGCAAUAUAUGAACAGACGCAUCCUUAAACCACUAGACUUUUCGCGCAUACCCCCACCACCAAAAGUUGAAGAUCUCGUAGGGUCCCUGGGUAAUACUCAUCUACAGUAUAAGAUGGCUCGCAUCAACAUGAUUAAACAACGUUACGUCUCGGCCUCUCCUACCAGGAAAGCCAGUGAAGAAUGA